AUGACUCCAAAAAGCAUCCUCAUCACUGGUGCCAAUCGUGGAAUUGGUUUGGGUCUUCUGAAGCAUUUCUUGAAUGUUCAAGGCAUUCAAGUUAUCAUUGCCACAUGCAGGGAUCCAUCUAACGCUGCUGAGCUGACAAGUCUCAAAGACUCUCGUCUCCACGUUUUGCCAUUGGACAUUGACUGUGAUGAGUCGAUUAGCAAGUUGUACACUGAGGUGGAGAAAAUUGUCGGAGACGAUGGUCUCACUGUUCUCCUGAACAACGCUGGAAUCCUUCUCCCAUACGACGUUGAAGGAGAGAAGAACCGUAGAACGAUGCUCAAAAACAUUGAAACCAACGCUGUUUCCACCGGAAUCCUCACGCAGGAAUUCCUUCCACUUCUCAAAAAAGCUGCUGAAAAGAACGGUGGAGACGGUUUUUCGAUCAACCGAUCUGCCAUCAUCAACAUCUCUUCGACAGCUGCAUCUGUUGAGAAAAUUGAUGGAACUUUCAAUGGACCACUCGUUGCUUAUCGUAUGAGCAAAUCUGCACUCAAUUCUUUCAUGAAAUCGGCGUCUAUCGAUUUGGCCAAAUAUCACAUCUUGAUUACUUCUUUCUGUCCAGGAUGGGUGAAGACUGAUAUGGGAGGACAGAAUGCACUUUAUGAGGUUUCCGACGCCACCAAAGUGCUUGCUGACAACAUCCUCACUCUUGGCGACGCCCACCAUGGAGCAUUCUUGAACAGCGAUUUGACAGUCAUCCCUAACUAG